UGGAGGUCCAAAGUCAAGUCCAUAGAAAAGUAGUGGCCCGGAGUCAAGUCCAUAGAAAAGUAGUAGAGAUUAUAUGCAUAUCAACGUAACUGAUUGCCUGAAUGUACAUUAAGAGAUUCUUUAGUCCAAAAAAUAUUAUUAAUUCCAAAAAAAAAAAAAAAAAAAAAAAAGAAGAAAAUUUAUGCCGUGGGUUUGGGUAAUGGCCUUUAACACCAUCAAUAUACUUAUACCAUACUUGUUGAUUUACAAUCAUGGAUUAAUUUUCUCCUUGGCUGCUGAUGAUGCUGCAAAUUUGACUUCGUUAGCCGAUAAAAGAGUUGCUGCAGGUUUCAUCAGCAUUGACUGUGGAAUGGUGGGAGAUCCACAAUACAGCAAAGACAAUGGCGUAUAUUACACUUCAGAUAUAGGAUUCAUAAACACUGGAACAAACAUGGAUGUACAAGUCGACUACCAGUCUAGUCAUUGGCCAAUGUAUAACACGGUUAGGAGUUUCCCAGAUGGUAGCAGAAAUUGUUACACUUUGAAACCUUUACAGGGCAAGAACACACAUUAUUUGAUCAGAGCUCGUUUCCACUAUGGAAAUUAUGAUGGCCUGAACAGGAAACCGCGGUUUGAUUUGUAUAUUGGAGUUAAUUAUUGGGCGACAGUAAAAUUUAUCAGUGUUGAAAAUAAACCCUUUUAUGAGAUUAUAUAUACCUCCCCUGUAGAUCUAAUAUAUGUAUGUUUAGUGAACACUGGAUCAGGGACACCUUUUAUUUCAGGGUUGGAGUUGAGGCCUCUGAACAAUUCAAUAUACAAAUCCCCUAAAGGGGCACUAGCGUUUUAUUUGCGCUUGGAUGCUGGCAUAUCAGUUACGGAUACAGAUCCACUAAAGGGGCAUUAUUCCAGUAUCAAAGAUGAUCCGUAUGAUCGACCAUGGGCUCUGGCUAAUAAGUUAUGGGCAUCUUGGGACUCUUUGAGCUCUAAUGCAUCCAUGAAUUUCUCAUUCACAGACGCUUAUGAAUUGCCACCUUCAGUUUUAAAGACAGCCGCCAUACCUGAGCAUGGUGGUGAUUCCCUAAUGUUUGAUUGGAAUUAUUCAUCAAUAACUGGCUCAUAUCAAGUUUACUGGCACUUUGCUGAAAUUCUGAAGCUGGGAAUCAAUGAUUCAAGAGAAUUUUCAAUAUCUAUGUCUGGAAAUUUUGAAUCAGGAAAAAUUAGUCCCGAAUAUGGACGACCCAUAACGGUUGUUUCUCCGGUUACACAAUUUGAUGAAUCUCAGCUUAAGUUUAAUAUUAUGAAGACUUCAAACUCAACACUCCCUCCGAUUCUCAAUGCUCUGGAAAUAUAUAAAGUUUUGGACCUCCCUGCAUCAGCGACAUACCAAAAGGAUGUGGAUGCUAUUCUGAAUGUGAAGAUGAAUUACACUGUGCCAAAAGAUUGGCAAGGAGAUCCUUGUCUUCCUCAUGCUCCCUGGGAUGGUUUAAAUUGCAGCAAUAGUGUUGACAAUCACCCCCCACGAAUAAUUUCUCUGAAUUUGGCUCACAGCGGUUUGACCGGAGAUAUACCUCAUUCAUUGUCCGCACUAACAUCUUUAGUCUACUUGAAUCUUUCACACAAUAGCUUGACCGGGGUCAUACCUGAUUUUCUGGCUGAGUUACCAUCUCUGCGUACAAUAGAUUUAACAAGUAACAAUCUUGUUGGCCGAGUUCCAAUAGCACUCAGCAAAAAGAAAGAGGAUGGCUCAUUAAAUUUGAGUUUGGAGGACAAUCCAGGUCUUUGUUCGUCGAACUCAUGCAAGAAGAAGAAUCCAAAGAAGAUCGCAGUUAUUUUAGCUGCAACAGUAUCUCUUAUUUUCAUCUUCGUUGCUAUAGGAGUAUACUACAAAUAUAAACAAAAGAAACCAGCCAGCUUCAUAAAACAGCCAUCAAAGUUGAAGAUUCGAGGUUUCACAUACUCAGAAGUGAAUCAUAUGACAAAUAAUUUCCAAACAAUCAUUGGUAAAGGAGGAUCUGGAGUAGUUUAUCAGGGUUAUUUACAAGACGGUACACCUGUAGCGGUUAAAAUGUUGAGCCCAUCAUCUACUGUUAGUUUGAAAUUAUUUCAUACUGAGUGUGAACUGUUAACAAGAUUUCAUCACAGAAACCUUGUUUCUCUCAUAGGUUGUUGUGAGGAAGGCACAACCAUGGCACUUAUUUAUGAAUAUUUAGCUAACGGUAACCUCCAACAAUAUUUAUUAGAUGUUGAGAAAAAUGUGAAGGUUUUAUCUUGGAAGAAGAGACUACAAAUCGCUAGAGAUGCUGCACAAGAUACUAUAGCACACGUAGACUAAAUAGUAAGAGCGAUGUGUUUAGUUUCGGGGUUGUUUUAUUGGAGCUCAUCACAGGGCACUCAUCAACAAUAAAAGACGAAGGUGAUCGAUUCUGAAUUCGUACACGUAAUUGCAUGGACUGCUCCUAGAUUUGAAAGUGGGGAUAUUGACAAACAUUGUUGAUAAGAGAUUGGAAGGACAGUUCAGCACCAAUUCUGCAAGGAAAGCCUUGGAGAUUGCUAUGAUGUGUGUAUCAUCUACUGCGAUACAAAGACCAAGCAUGAACCAAGUGUUGGUUGAUUUGAAUGAGUGUUUAGCCAUUGAGAUGUCGUCCCAAGAAAAACAAGAAAUGGAUAAUCAUGAAUAUAGCUACCCUACGAUUGACUUCAAUCAUGACAUGGCCAUUGCUGAUACAUCGAUUGAAAUGGGUCCUAUGGCACGGUAGUUAAGUGAAAUGAUGCGGGAUAAUCUUUAGAUAAAAGAUUUCUUGUAGUCAAACAUGUUGAUAGUAUCAACAUUCAACUAUUUUCUAGUAAUUUAACUUGUUGUGUAGGAGGUCCUGAAUUGCAAACAAGUUUCCCUACGAGUCUGUGAUAUUUCAUUAAAGUUUUACUUUAAUAUAUAAACUGGAGAAAUAUGUUUUAAGUCUUAAGGUUAUGAUACAAUUAAUAUUAGAAACCUACUUGUAACAAUUAUCAUUGAUAUUAC